AUGACCGCCCUCCCGUCCUUCAUCGAGCUCAUGGCCACCCUCGGCAUCGACGACCCCACCCCCGAGCCCUCCAAGCUUGCCGCGCCCCACCAUUCGCGCUCCUCUUCUCAUUCCUCCACUGCAUCCACCCUUUCAGCAUCUUCCAGCAAUCACAAGCAUUCCUCCCCUGCCAUCGUCGUCUCCGCCCUAAACGGCCCAGAAGACUCCGAGAUGCCCGCCGACAUUCGUCGCUCGCGCGCACACACCAGAUAUUCCCCCUACGGAGCCAUUAGCCAUUCUCGCAAAGCCUCCAUGCCUAUCUCAACGGAGAGCUCGCCCGCGAGGGUCCCGUUCGAUGAACUUCGCCAGGCACUUUCCACCUCCCCUCGCCUCUCGCCCAUCAGCGCGUCCUUCCGUGGACGCCGUUCUCGCCGACCUGACAACCUCAACCUCAAUACCCCAGAGUCCGAGUCUAUGGCGUACACUCCCAUCUCCUCUUACGUUCGACGCCGGACGCCCCAGAACUCCCCAACGUCGCCGACUUUCGCGCGUACACGGGAACGGAGUUCGACCAUCGCACACCCCCUCACCAUCCCUACCCUUCCGACCCUCCUGUCCCCCGCCUCCUUCGCCACUCAGUCGUCCGACAGCGAGGAAGACGACAUGGACGCGAUCCCAGACUCCGAGUACAAGCUCGGCCAGUCAUCGCGCGUGCAGGCGCUCUCGCCCUCGAGAUAUGGGAGCUUGGGAUCCAAGCCCGCUCGCCGCGCAGUCAUGCCGUGA